AUGGCGGCCAACGACGCCCGACAGCCCCAGGUCUGUGUCACUUGCAAGAGCCGCAAGAAGAAGUGUGACAAGGUGUCUCCCACUUGCGGGUAUUGCACCCUGAAAGGACUAUCGUGCUCCUAUCAAGAUGUCGCAGACCCACAUGGGCGAGCCACUGCUGUCGCGGACCCUGAGGGCACCCGACGGGUGACGACGCGGCCGACGUCUGAUGAAGCCAUGAUCUCCCACGUGGUAGGGGUCCCGUCGGCGUCGGACAGGAUCCCCGCUGAGCCGACAGCGAUGAAGACCAAUCUGUACCUCCAGGUCAAUCGCAUGAUCCGUUCCACCGGCCAGUUCGUCGACGAUGUUAGUGCCCGCUACUUUCAGAGCGUCCACCGCUUUCUGCCCUUCAUCUCGCGCGCUCGCUUCCACGACAACCUCAUCACCUUGGGCGCAGCGCCGGCCGCUGAUUUCAGCAUCAUUCUGCUUUCUAUCUGCCUGAUCACGCACAACUCUGUUACAAGGACCACUUGGCCGGAAGCGGCUGACGAACGUGAAAUCUACGUCUCGGCGAGGUCGCUCUUCGCCCAACUCCAGGCUGUCCUCCCACCUUCGGUCCAUCUUAUCCAGGCGGGCCUUCUCUUGGCAGAGUAUGAAUACGCCUGUGGCGAAGCUGAUACGGCGUUCACGACCAUAGCGGGUUGUGCUCGGAUGGCAUACGCCGCUCGCAUCCACAGCCAUAGUUCCGCGAAGGUGGCUCAGGGACCUGCAUACACCACGGAGCUGGAGAAGGAAGAAGCAGCCAAUACUUGGUGGGCGCUUGUCAUCUGCGAGCGUAUGAUUGCCUUCGAAGUAACAGUUCCUGAGCAGCCAUUGGUCACUCUUGCUCCCAGUGAAGAUGCAAGACUUCCCACCGAACCCGAGGUUUUAGACCGAAGCGACGUGCUAGAUCGAAGCUCAAUAUGCAACGUCGUCGUCUCUUCUUUAUUUACAAUCGAAGUUGGUGGGUUCGGUCGUGCCGCCCAAGCGGCGAGCCUUGCGGACCGGGUCAUCCAAGCAUUCAGCAUUGCAGACUUGAGAUCACGGCUGGUCCACCUCGACGCUCUGGACUCUGCGCUGCAAUCCUUUCUGACGACGGUGCUGAGCCAGUGUCACGGCCAAUGGGGCAUAUAUUGUGCAGCAAUAGCCCUCGCGAUCAGGACGAUAUUUGCUCUUCACUGGCAUAUUCUCGACCUGCCUGGAGAGGAGAUCGUCAAUGCAAACUACAGGUCGCCCGAAAAGUGGUUCAGUAGCUCGCAUGCGUCGCUGCAAACCGCCAGCAGGAUGAGUGUUGACAUCGCGGACUACCAUGAGAGUGUGCCGCAGAUGGAGGUGCUGCCCCUUAAUCAGCGCUGA